AUGGAGGUCCUUGACUGCCCGCUGCUGUCGGUGAAUGUGCGCGUUUGGCGGUUCUGGUCGUUCGUCCUUGUGCACAAUUGGCGGCGCUAUAUCAGCAUCAUCCCGGUGACGGUGCUGAAUGUGUUCAUGUUCGCGGACCUCUAUCGGGCCUGGGGCAACAUCGAGGAGGUCAUUAUUAAUGCUUACUUUGCGGUGCUCUAUUUCAACGCCGUGCUUCGAACGCUCAUUCUCGUGCACAACCGUGACAAGUACGAGUCCUUUUUGGCCGGAGCUGCUCGCGUGUAUGAGGAAAUUCGUACCCUCGAGGAUGAAGCGAUCGGAAAACUCGUCACGGCCUACACGAAAAGGGCGCGUUUUCUCUCGAUAUCUAACCUCGCACUAGGAGCCUUCAUCAGUGGGUGUUUCGUCGUGUAUCCGCUCUUCACAGGCCAACGUGGUCUACCCUAUGGCAUGUUUAUACCGGGCGUGAACAACUUCGACUCUCCGCAGUACGAAAUUUUCUACAUCACGCAGUUGGUGCUCACUUUCCCCGGGUGUUGCAUGUACAUCCCUUAUACCAGCUUCUUCGCUUCGAGCACACUUUUCGGGUUGGUGCAGAUCAAAACCCUGCAGCACCAGCUGCGAAACUUCCGGUCGGAAAACCUUGGUCUACCAACACAGAGUCUCUCUAACACGCUGCAGAAGCUCAUCGAAGAUCACAAACGCAUCAUUCGAUAUGUGCAGGACCUCAACGAUUUGGUAACGUACAUCUGCUUGAUCGAGUUCCUCUCCUUUGGACUGAUGUUGUGCGCGUUGCUCUUCUUGCUCAACAUAAUUAGCGUGAUGGCCCAGAUCGUUAUCGUUGGAGCGUACAUAUUCAUGAUCCUUACGCAAAUAUUCGCCUUCUACUGGCACUCGAACGAAGUGCGGGAAGAGAGCAUGGCCAUUGCAGAAGCUGCUUACAGCGGACCGUGGCUUGAUGUGGAUAAUGCCGUCAAGAAAAAGCUGCUUUUAAUCACCAUUCGUGCCCAGAGACCCCUCGAGAUUACUGUGGGAAAUGUAUACCCUAUGACGUUGGAAAUGUUUCAAUCACUGCUGAAUGCAUCCUACUCGUAUUUCACGCUGCUGCGACGAGUGUACAAUUGA